UGAGGAUGGGAGGACCAGCCUGCAGUUCCCGCUCAGCCAGCGCAGGGGGCAGUACAGGCUGCGAGGAGACGGAGCGGAAGCGGGUCCGCGGAGCUGAGCUGAGCUGAGGCAACCAUUAGAUUGUGAAAAUGACUACGGCUUCUGUCUCAGAUACAUACACGUCAGCUGACGCAACGUGUAGAGUCUCAGUGGAAAAUGUUACCCAGAAAUCAUCGAGUUCCAAAGCAUCAAUGUCCCCUUCAGAUAACUAUUAUCUGGCACGAAGGCGGACACUGCAGGUGGUGGUUAGUUCCCUACUAACUGAAGCAGGUUUUGAUGCAGCAGAAAAGGCAGCUGUUGAAACUCUGACUGAAAUGCUGCAGAGCUAUCUAUCUGAAAUUGGUCGAAGUGCCAAAGUAUAUUGUGAACAUUCAGCACGAACUCAACCAACCUUGUCAGAUAUUGUGGUUACUUUGGCAGAAAUGGGUUUUAAUGUGGAUAAUAUUCAGGCUUAUGCCAAGCGAUCACAGAGAAUGGUUAUUACAGCUCCUCCUGUUACGAAUACCCCAGCACCCCCCAGAGCACUUUCUACAGGACAGAAGAGAACGCAUCCCUCGUACAUCCCAGCGCAUUUUCCAGAGUUCCCUGAUCCUCACACCUAUAUAAAGACACCUACAAUCAGAGAGCCAGUUUCUGAUUACCAAGUGCUGAGGGAGAAAGCUGCAUCCCAGAGAAGAGAUGUGGAACGAGCUUUGACC